AUGGAGAAGCACAUUUUCUUAUUGAUUCUUCUCUUUCUAGUUCAAUACUACUCAGUUUUUAUAUCAGCUGCUCCUUCAAAUGAGACAGACCAAGAAGCUCUUUUAGCUUUCCAAAAUCUUGUUACAAGUCCAAGUCUGUUCCUGGCCAAGAACUGGACUAGCAAUACUUCUUUUUGCUCGUGGUUCGGUGUCACGUGCAGUUCCAGAAGGCAAAGGGUUGUAGCCUUGACCCUUCCUACUUUGCAACUUCAAGGCACAAUUUCUUCAUCUUUGGCUAAUUUGUCCUUUCUCAGGGAGCUCAAUCUUGGGAACAACUUCUUACAUGGUGGCAUUCCUUAUAGCCUUGGCAACUUGCCUCGCUUGCGAGUGAUUGAUAUUCAAAACAAUCAGCUCCAAGGAAGUAUUCCGGCAAGUCUAUUUCAACACCAGAGAGUUGAAAAAGUUUCUUUGGCUUUUAAUGAACUCAAUGGUGAAAUGUGGAAUGGGCCAUGGUAUGUACCAGAACUCAGAGUCUUGAAUCUCAUGAACAAUAGCCUCACGGGUAUAAUCCCUCCUACUGUUGGAAAUGCUACAAAAUUGAUGAACUUCAGUUUGUCUGGGAAUAAAAUCAACGGCAACAUUCCAAAGGAGAUUGGUAAUCUGAGCCAACUUGAAGUGUUGUCCUUGUACGAUAAUAAGUUAACAGGUUCCAUUCCUGCAACAAUGUUUAAAAUCUCGUCGCUAAAUGCUGCAGCUCUGGGAAUCAAUAGGCUUUCUGGUCCUCUCUUGCUUGAUGAAGGGAAUAUUUUGUCAAAUCUGGAGUUGUUAAGUAUAUCUUAUAAUCAGAUUUCUGGUCAAAUUCCUUCCAACAUUUGUCAGCUCACAGAGCUCAAAAUUUUGUCCAUAUCUUACAACAACAUAGCUGGAGAAAUACCCAGAAAUAUUGGAUGUUUAGCCAAUCUUGAGAGGUUUUAUGUUGGAUUUAAUACAAUAAAUGGUAUUAUUCCUACUUCAUUGGGCAAUAUUUCCGCUCUGCAAUAUCUUAGUUGUCCAAACAAUCGCAUGGAGGGGCUAAUUCCUCCAGAAUUAGGGAAACUAUCAAACUUGAGGCUGUUAUAUUUUCAGGAAAAUUAUAAUCUUACUGGCGAAAUCCCAGAGGCUAUUUUCAACAUAUCUUCUUUGGAGACUAUUUUUUUCAGUUUCAACAAACUCUCGGGGAGAAUUCCAGCCACUACAGGUCUUCAUCUUCCGAACCUUCAAGAACUUUUCUUGGCACAAAAUCAGCUCGAAGGGGAAAUUCCUCCGUACAUCACAAAUGCUUCCAAGCUUGAGACAUUAGAACUAUCCGCGAACUAUUUCAGAGGCAGUAUUCCUACUAAUUUGGGAAAUCUUCGUGAGUUGCGAAAUCUGCUGCUGUGGGGUAAUCAACUUGUUAAUGAACCAGGUGAACAUGAGUUGCGAUUCUUCAAUUCUUUGGUGGACUGCAGAAAGUUGCGAUAUCUAUAUGUCGGUUCCAAUCCAUUGAAUGGUGUUCUGCCUGAUGCUAUUGGAAAUCUCUCGUCUACUAUUGAAAAUUUUCAUAUGUUUGAUGCACACAUCAACGGCCUCAUUCCCACAGGUAUAGGCAACAUAAGCGGUCUAUUAGGCCUAGACUUUGAAGAAAACAACUUGACGGGAAGUAUUCCUUCUGAGGUUAGUAAGCUUACACAACUCCAAGGGCUAUUUCUAACUAACAAUAAAUUACAAGGGCAUAUCGUAGAGGCAGUGUGUAAUUUAUCUAAUUUGGUUCGAUUAACUCUGAAUGAUAAUGAGCUCUUUGGGUUAAUUCCAGAAUGUAUAGGAAAUCUUAGUAUGCUACAACAACUUUAUUUGGAUUCUAACAACUUUUCAUCAAAGCUUCCUUUGAGCAUUUGGAAGAUGAGUAGACUUCUCUAUCUAAACAUAUCAGAAAAUACUAUAGAGGGAGAAGUUCCACCUGACAUUGGAGAACUGAAAGCCAUUGUAGAACUAGAUUUUUCUAGUAACCACUUUUCGGGCAUGAUACCAAGCGAAUGUGGAGACCUCCAAAACUUGAAGUCUCUUAACCUAUCAAACAAUUCAUUUUCAGGCCCAAUUCCAUUAUCCUUUGCCAAGUUUAUAAGCUUGGAAUUUUUGGAUUUGUCUUUCAAUGCCUUGUCAGGCAAUAUUCCUAAAUCAUUGGAAAAACUAUCACACCUUAUAAGUAUCAAUGUUUCAUUCAAUGAUUUAGAAGGUGAAAUACCCAGUGGUAGUGUAUUUGCAAAUUUCACUUCGCAAUCUUUCCUAGGGAACAGGGGUCUAUGUGGAAUGCAAGUACUGGGAGUUCCUGCUUGCCCUAUCACUAAUUCUGGACGACAAUCAAAGUCUAAGAAGCUUCUGCUAAAAGUUGUUAUUCCAGUGGUUAUUUCAUCUUUUCUAAUGUUCCUGUUGGCUUCAAUUUGGAUAAUGAAACGACAGAAGAAUGGGAAGUCUAAAGAUGUCGAAAAGGUACCGGAGAUCAAAACUCAUCAAUUAGUUUCCUAUCACGAGAUUCAGCGAGCAACAAAUAAUUUUGAUGGAUCAUAUUUAAUUGGUGUGGGAAGUUCUGGUUCUGUGUACAAAGGGACAUUAUCCAGUGGAGUUGUGGUGGCAAUGAAGGUUCUGGAUUUACAAAAUGAGGAAGCGUGCAAAAGGUUUGAUACUGAAUGUGAAGUGGUGAGAAAUGUUCGGCAUAGAAAUCUUGUCACGGUUAUCACUACUUGCUCUAGCGAACACAUAAGAGCCUUUGUGCUGCAAUAUAUGUCCAAUGGAAGUCUUGAUAAUUGGUUGUACAGAGAAGAAUGCAACUUGAACCUUCUUCAAAGAGUCACCAUAAUGCUUGAUGUGGCAGCGGCAAUUGAAUAUCUACAUCAUUGUCAUGACACUCCGAUAGUUCAUUGCGACAUAAAGCCAGCCAAUGUUCUUUUGGAUGAAGAUAUGGUGGCUCAUGUUGGUGAUUUUGGCAUCUCUAAAAUUUUAGCGGUAAGCAAAUCCAUGGCACACACCGAGACAUUGGGCACUCUUGGUUACAUUGCACCAGAAUAUGGCUCGGAGGGGAUAGUGUCCACUAGCGGUGAUGUUUACAGCUAUGGAAUCAUGUUGAUGGAGGUUCUGGCAAAACGAAGGCCAACAGAUGAUGAGAUAUUUAAUGAAAAUCUUGGCUUAAGGGAGUGGAUAAAAAGAGCAUUUUCAGGGACAAUGAUGGAAGUUGUGGAUGUCAAUCUUUUUCUUGAGGAAGAACAGGUCAAUUCUAAAAGUGAAAUUUGCAUAGCAUCCAUGAUACAAUUGGCUUUGGACUGCACAAAGAAAAGGCCAGAAUCAAGGAUAACCAUGAAAGAUGUAGUCAAGAGGCUUCACAAAAUCAAGAACACAUUUUCGGCAACAUAGAAGUUAGCAUCUCUUAAGGUGGUGUGCUUUCUCAGCUGCAAGUUUAUAUUGUUAGAUAAUGAAGCUAGACAUAAUCUGAAUGUAGACAUAAUCUUAUGUAUACAUAGCUAGCAUAAUUAUAGGGAUUCAUAGCAGAUUUAUAGGAUUUCCUUUUUUAUUCUUUCCAUAGUUAGGGCUCUAUGUACUUGUAUAUAUACUUGUUACUUCUUGAAUACAGCACAAGAAAGAUUUCUUUA